GACAGAAGGGGAGGAGCGGCCACAGCAUAGAUCAAAGAAAUCCUGUGAUUCCCCUUCAAAAUUCUUGACAAGCAGUCUAGAUUUUGAGGUAUGGGCAGACUCAGCACUGCAUUCUGUCAUGGAAAUUUCUCACCUCGGAGGCUGCGGCAUGCCUUCGACAAGUGGCCAGGGGAUCCUGACAGAGCCAGCCCAGUCGCCACUGUUUUUAUACAUAGACUUUCAGGGCCUAGUUUGAGUGCCACUGAACCGUGGUCCACGUCACACAGUUUGUCUGCAAGACCUGCCACACAAAAUGCUACAAGUGCCACACAAUACUGCUCAUAUUUAUGCAGAGGGUUAACAUCUUGCCCUCUGUGAAUGUGCACACCAGAGACCGGAAGUUCAGAGGGCUCUCAAUGAACGGUGGACCCCAUCUUGUUGUCACCCUCCAUCCCAAGUGUCUCCACAGCCUGGUGUCCUGGGCCCACCACCAUGCAGAGGACUGCUGCUCUUGCCCUGAGCUGAAAGAAGUGCUGGAGAGGCAGUGCUGGGGCUCAGUAAGUGCACGCUGGGGGUGUGUGGAUGAACAUAGUUACAGAAUGGACACACAGGCCACAAAGCCCAGAGCAAACCCUGGACACACUGAGAGUGAUCCCCUACUGGAAGGUGAGGAGCAGCUUCGAGGGAACCAACACCCUGUCAACACCACCAUGUCCCAGCCCAGUACAGCUGCCAACCCCCAGACUCAGAGCGCCGUCCACACUGAUGCUACCACCACCAGUGCAGAUGGUCAGACAGCUUUUGGUCUAGCACACAGAGAUAUGCGUCUGUCCCAAAAGUUGGGGAACUACAUCUGUGACCAAUGUGGUCAGACCUUCAAGCAGAGGAAACACCUGUCUGCACCAGAUGUGCCACUCAGGGGUUAAGCCACUACAGGGGGAGAUUAAGCUCAUAUCAGGUGGCAAGGUUCUGCUGAAUUGUGUUGUGAGGGGCUCAAGUACUGGUGAGUCUGUCAGGAUUUAGCCAAGCCUUUGAUUAUGUGGUAUGAUUUGGGUGAGUCUGUAAUAAUGGAAGGGAUGCAUAGGGGCACAAGAAUGCAAGCUUGUAUUUGGCACCCUCACCAAGCCUUUGUCUACUUUAAGAUGACCAAACAAGGCAGAGGCUGAUCUGGAAUUUGCAUGUGACCUAUGUGGGAGCGCUUUGAGAAGGCCCACAAGCUCAACGGCCACAGUGCCUCCCCUCACACUAGCAGCUGUCAGAGGAAACAUUGACAGCCCCUCCAACAACCAACCAUCAGAGACUGGGGAACUGAACCCAUACACCGUUUGAUAGACUUGAUUAGGUCCGUGACCGACAAGGAGCUGCAAAGAACACAACGUCCCUUGAGCCUCUAUAAGGAGUCUGGUAUAGAAUGGUCAUGGGUACAAUGACUAAUUGAACAGGACAUGGAAUCACUAGUCACUUUUAAUGUUUAUACUGUUGUACUCAUUUCAAUUGUAUAUACUGUAUUCUAGUCAAUGCCACUCAGACAUUGCUAGUCCUAAUUUAUAUAUUUCUUAAUUCCAUAAUUUUACUUUUAGAUGUGUGUAUUGUUGAAGUAUUAGAUACUACUACACAAGCAUUUCACUACACCCGCAAUAACAUCAGUUAAAUAUGUGUGAGACCAAUAACAUUUGAUUUGACUUGUACUGUUCAUGCUCUAAACCAGGAAUAGGCAACUGACUGGGACCACAGAAAAAUAAACUCAUCAGUGGUGUAAAGUAAAAAUA